GUUGAGGAGAACACUCGGGUCUAGUUGGAGUUGCUGCCGUGACAGUAUAAGGCUGGGCGUGGGGAGGGGAGUCGCUACUUGCAUGUCUUACCCCUUGUCAGAGAUACAGGAGGAUCUACCCCUUGUACCUGCCCCACAAGCACCGUGGAUUACAAGCCAGAAACGGGACUUCAUUGCUUGGAGACUCAUCACAAGCACAUCUGCUGGGUUAGGCACCAACAUCACAACAGAGAGAGAGAAACAAAAACCUUCAUGAAACCAUACAGUAUUCAUAAGGAAAAACUUCAUUAGAAACAUUCCAUAACAGAUAUAUACACUCAUACACACACCAUGUACAGUAACAACACAUAUAGCAGUGUGACGAGUGACCUGGGUCGUCUUCACCUGGGUUCUGGCAGCUCACCACAGCAAUACUCACCUGGAGGAGGGAAGAAAGUUGCCCCAAUCGUCCCUCCGAAGCCUAAGAAAUCUGGGGGAAUUGGUACACAUGAAGGGGAGCAGGCGACCUACGGCACUGUGGGGGCGGCGCAGCCCUCCACCACCCCGGCAGGCGUGGAGGACUACUAUGCCGUGAACGCCCCCGCCCCUGGCACCGUGGGCGUGGCCUCAGCCCGCAUCAACCAUGCCUACACGGGGGGCGGCGUGGAGGCGUCGUCCGCAGGGCAGGACUUCAGCGGCAUCGUGGUGCCCGGAGCCGUGUACAUCAGCAGCACGGGACAGGUGCCUGUGGGCGGCCUCAGCCCCAAUCCUAAUUACAUUCCACCUCCGCCCCAGCCCGCCCACAGCUACACGCCCACCUCCAGGGUCGCAGUGCCCAUGAGCGCCCAGCCCCUGUACUCCAACACCGCCUCGCAGCCCAUCUACAGCAACACGCCGCGGGCACAGCAGGCCCGCAGGGACCAGUCUCCGCCCCCGCCCCUGCCAUCACAGCCGCCGCCCCCCGCUGCCCCCACUUACGCCAACUUGAGCACCAACGGCGCCGCCUACCCGCCUUCCCACGCCCUCUAUGCCAACGUGAAGCCUGCUUCUGGACUCUCCCAGUACGCCACCUUCGGGCCUGACGAGGACUUCCCACUGCCACCCCCAGACGAGGCCCCUCCGCCACCCUCCCCGCCCUCACCAGUCUCCUCCUCCUACUCUGAACUACGUCGUGCCGCCCCCUCCGCUAACGCCGCCGCCACUCACGCCCAUAAUGGAGCAGCACACGCCCAUCAGCAACAGCAGCAGCCACAACAGCAACAGCAGCAGCAGCAACAGCCAGGGUCUAACUACGGAACGUAUGCCCCUGGUUCCCAUACGAGCUCCACAUACGAGUCUAUCUACGAGCCUAUCACUCCUCGACCCUCCAGCCAGAUGUCGAACAAGUCGGGCUACAGCCUCUAUGGGCCAUACACCUCCCCCCAGGCUAGAGGGUUGGCCCCGGCACCCUCCAACCAGCCCCUACUCAACCCUGACAAAGUGGGGAAAGAAGCUGAGGUGGAUGCCCUGACCUCUCUCCUUGUGCAGUCCAUGGAUAGUACCAAUGACCCAGAGUUCUUUGGUGCGUAUGAUUCGUGCAUCUGCACACGCUGCGGGGAGAAGGUGGUGGGGGAGGGCACCGGCUGCACCGCCAUGGAGCAAGUGUACCACAUUAAGUGCUUUGUGUGCAUUGUGUGUCAUCUCCAGCUGCAGGGGAAGCCUUUCUAUGCUCUGGAUUCCAAGCCCUACUGUGAAGACUGCUAUCUGAACACACUGGAGAAAUGCUGUGUUUGCACAAAGCCCAUCCUGGAUCGCAUCCUGCGUGCCACAGGCAAGCCCUACCACCCCCAGUGCUUCACUUGUGUGGUGUGUAACAAGUCCCUCGACGGGAUCCCCUUCACGGUGGAUGCUUCAAAUCAAAUCCAUUGCAUAGACGACUUCCAUAAAAAAUUUGCCCCUCGGUGCACAGUCUGCAAGGAACCCAUCAUGCCAGAGCCUGGCAAGGAUGAGACAGUGAGGGUGGUGGCUCUGGAUCGCUCCUUCCAUGUGAACUGCUACAAGUGUGAGGACUGUGGACUGGUGUUGUCCUCUGAAGCUGAGGGCCGAGGCUGCUACCCCCUUGAUGGUCACGUCCUCUGUAAAAGCUGCAAUGCUCGCCGGGUUCAGGCCAUCACCUCCAAAGUCACCACUGACCUUUAAAUCACUCACUAAUGCGUGUGUGUAUCUUCUGUAUCCACAUCUCAUCACUUUCUAAUCACCUUCUUCCCCACCUCACCCUUUCAUGCAUUCCCUUCAGAACACCUUGUCAUCCAUUCCUUUGAAACACUCAUAACCAAGUUCACAUCUUUUAAAAAUCUUCAUGGCCUAGUUGUUUAAGAUUGUACUUACCACUCUGCAGCCUGACCCAGUGUUGCAAUAAAUGGUUUCUCUGGCCCUUAGUAAAAUGAAAGGAUUAUAAGGGAGAUGCAUGUUCUGAAAAUGUAGAUUCAAUUGGUGCUAUGUAUUGGAUUUGCUUGAAGGAUGAUCACAGUAACAUGAAUCCAACAUGUUACCAAGACCCAAGUGGAUUUUACUCUGUCUUGACUAUCCUGCCACUACAGAUCCAACAGUGCUAUAUGUAUUUCUUUUUUGUAUGUCACUAUCUUUUUUUUUUUUUUUUUUUUUUUUUUUUUUUUGUCGUCAUUGUCUUAUUUCGGUAUAUCAUAGGAUUGCUUUUUCUUGUUCAUUUACUGAUUUUUUUUUUUUCUGAGAUACAUAUGUUGCAUCUUUCAUGGGAUAUGGAAAUUAGCAGAGGCCACUGAAGGUUGUUGGCUGCAGAGACCUAGGAAGUAUGUAUGUAUCUGUUGCUCAUAUUACUCAUUAUCACUGAAAUUGCCAUAUAUGAUUUAUAUAGUGAAGGUUUCUAAAGUUUAAUAUAAGUAAUUUUUUAUGAGAUGUAAUAGAGAUUGGUGUUAAAGUUAUUUUUUUGGUGUGUACAUAAUCAUUUAAUAUAUGUGCACUGCAGUGAUGCUACUGAUACUACAGUGAAGUCCAUUCAUCUUGUAUGAAACCAGCUUUGUGCUGAACAAUCAGAAAUGCCAAAUACAAGCAGUCAGUUGUAGUUCAUUGACUGUUUUCCAUUAAAAAGGAAAAUACAGAUAUUCUUUUCAUUCAGAGAAGCUAACAUUGCUUUCUGUCAAUGCAUGAAGCUUGUAGUGUUUAUCAGCUGCCCCACUGCCUGCACCUGUGCCUUCUUCAGGUGCUGAUACAGGUUUCUUCCUCUGGCCUCCUGUCAGUAAUGGUGCUGGUACUCCCUGUUCCACUGUCUUUAAUUUCUGGUACUUGUCGUACUGACAUAGUGGUACCUACCCAUCCCCAGAUGCUGUAUGACUGGGUUGGGUGGGAAUGCCUUUGUCUCGUAUGUUCACUCACUCACCACCUAAGGAUAAGCUGGAGUAUCGGGAUGCAUUAGAUCAUCUCAGGCCAUGCCCAAAAAUCUAACAACUGGGCUUGGUGCACUAUCAGUGACUGGAUAAAUGGGCUUAUACUGUAUUACAUAAUCAUCACAUACUAGCAUAUUUGAGCUUCCAAGAGGUGUCAUGUCUGAAAAUUAUGUUCAGUAACAUUCAUAAGUUGCACAGACCUGCUUGGUGAUGUAACUAUGCCUUUCUAUGUUUCACACUUUUUAUCAUAUAAUCAUUCCUUAUUUUGAGAUGGACUCAAGAAGUAUUGCGUCUCAUGUUGUAAGCAAUUAUGAAUCACAGCAUCAGUGGUUGUUGCCAUUUCUUGGUAUAAAAAAUAUGACCUAACUUUAUUAGUGAAAAUACUUUAAUGAGAAUAUUAAUGUUGCAUUUGUGAAUUUCUCACAUAAUGCUUUGAGCUGAUGUAAGAAUGUCUUCUGUCUCUCACUCUGUACAUAGUGUCUUCUCCCCACCAUGAUAGUCAUAACUAGACAAAUAAGUGCUUGAAUAGUUUGAGCAGCUAGAGACACCAAGCUGCCAAGGGUGGUGGCAGGUGGUAGGCUGAAUGCUGGAAGCUGUAGUUUGAGUUUUCACAUCUCAGUAUUAGUGCAGGAUUCUGCAGAUAUAAUAUGACAUAAAUUCAUUGACUAAAUAAGGCUUUUUAGCUGGGGUAUGAUUAUAUUUGCAUAAUUUUUAAAGAUGACCAAACUAGAAGUAAUUCCAUUUAAUGUACAGCCACAGUUUUGAGAUGAGAGUUAUUUCAGAAAUUAUACUUAUAAAAGAGACUGAACUUUUAUUAUAUAAAAGUGCUUGAUCUGUUACCUAGCUUUAGACUAGAAAUUUUAAUUUCAUGACAUAGUAUGGGAUCAUUUAUCUGAUUACUGUGUAUCAAGAAUAUUGCAAAUACCAGCUACUAAUCUGUCUGUCUGUAUACCUGGCCAGCAUCCCCUCAUAAAAGAGGGUAAUUAAGGCAAGGUGCCCACUUACACACUCCCAUUCACAAGCAUUCCCUUACAUCUUAGCCUUUAGGCCUCUAGGAAGGGAGAGAAUACCAAUUCCUGCCACCCUCAUAUUUUUCAUAUUCCAUUAUUGCUUCUUCCUUCCCUCUCUUUCUUCUCCCAACCAACCUGUGGCAGGAAGAUGUCAUAAUUUUUGUUCACAAUCCAUCAUUACAUCUUAAUAUUGAUUUUUCCUUGGUGAUUUGUGUGCAUGUUCUGUGGAGCUUAGACUUCCUUCAUGAUCAAAAGAGAUUGUAGGAUUCAUAGAUAUUUAUCUCUUGUAUUUUUUGUAAAUUUUUGAUAUAGCUACCAUAUUUCAGAAAUGGAAAGAAAAUAACUCUUACAUAUAUUCAGUUUUCAUGGUAAAAUGGUCCCACACUGUAUACUUGCAAACGUAAUGCUUGCAAAAAGUCAUGGAAGAGUCUGAUUUGUCUUGGGGUAUGAUUUUGUCAGUAUGACUAAAGGACAGUUUUUCAUACCAUUAUGAUAUACAUGAUGCAGUGAUUGAUGAUGAGAAUUGUUGCAGCUUACUGCUUUUAUUGCAGUAGACUCUCACCAGUCAAACACCAGGGAGUGAAGCAUAUCUGAUUAUGGUUCUGAACUAAUACACUCUACCAUAGGAUGUAGUAGCAUUCAUAUCCAUUAUGGAUACUAGUGUGUCAGUGUUGUGUCUUCUUUCUAUUCUUAUUCCUGCAAGGUUUGCAUGUUUUCAUACUCGUUCUUUGUGCAGCAACAGCUGUUGCAGUCACUGGAUGAAAUCCAUAUGUUGCUGAACUUCACAGACUUUGUGACGCGCCUCUUUUCGGAUUCAUAGCACUUAAUUGCAUUUUUGCCUGUUUAUUUUUAGACAUUAUUUCACUGUUCUUGUGAAGUUUUCAAUGUAUAGACAUUUAGAUCAUUUCUGCAACGUUUGGUAAUGUGUUUUUGGGCUGUUCCCAGUGUGCCCAUUACAGAAUGCAUAUAUUCCAUGCACACACACACACACACACACACACACACACACACACACACACACACACACACACACACACACACACACACACACACACACACACACACACACACACACACAGACCCUGGGUGAGGCAGGGGUCUAGUCGAGGUUAUGUCAGGCUGUGGUGAACUCUUGUAUGUAUUGAAGGUGAGGCUAGUAGAGUGCCAUCCAAGAGCUGCUCUGCACCCAGGGUCAGGUGGCACUCAUUACACUACCACCCACAUGUCACACUUCUGUAUAGUAUAUGUAGACAAUUGAACAUAUUUGUUUAUGAUGCUUGGAGGAUAACUCCAGGGACAUUUAUAAUAGCCAGAAUUUUUUAAAUGCAUGACAGACUGUAAUAAUCAAGGAUUAUAUAUAACUAUAUACUUAA